UUUAUUGUCGAUCGUGUGACAGAUGUCAGGCUGGUCCCAUUGAAGGCAGAUGCCUUACACACCUUUGGGAAGCGGGGUUCCAGCCUUAGGGCGUUUGGUUUGUUAGCCCCCCUUCCCCACUUCUCGCAGAAUGAGGAGAUCGAGGCGAUGGCGGCCAUCUACGGCGAGGAGUGGUGUGUCAUCGAUGACGGCGCCAAGAUCUUCUGUAUCAGGAUCAGCGACGACAUAGACGACCCCAAGUGGACGCUCUGCCUGCAGGUGAUGCUGCCGGACGGGUACCCAGGCACAGCGCCCCCCGUGUACCAGCUGAAUGCUCCUUGGCUUAAGGGGCAAGAACGGGCAGAUCUGUCGAACAGCCUGGAGGAGAUCUACAUACAGAAUAUUGGUGAAAGUAUUCUUUACCUCUGGGUGGAGAAAAUAAGAGACGUCCUAAUACAAAAAGCUCAGAUGGCAGAACCAGGCCCAGAGGUGAAGCAGAAGACGGAGGAGGAAGACGUGGAGAGCGAAGACGACGUCCUCGUGGCGUGCCAGCCCGAGGCUCCGGGGCGAGCGCUGGGCUUCGAUGUCGGUGACAGUCAGACGGCCGGUACAGCAGCCAGGGUGGCUGAAAUGGAAGAGCUGCCGCCGAUCGACCACGGCGUCCCCAUCACCGACCGACGGAGCACCUUUCAGGCGCACCUGGCUCCCGUGGUCUGCCCCAAGCAGGUGAAAAUGGUUCUUGCCAAAUUAUAUGAGAACAAGAAAAUCGCUAGCGCCACCCACAACAUCUACGCGUACCGAAUAUUCUGUGAGGACAAGCAGACCUUCCUGCAGGACUACGAUGACGAUGGGGAGACGGCGGCCGGCGGGCGCCUGCUGCACCUCAUGGAGGUCCUGAACGUGCGGAACGUGCUGGUGGUGGUGUCACGCUGGUACGGCGGCGUCCUGCUGGGGCCCGACCGCUUCAAGCACAUCAACAACUGCGCCCGGAGCAUCCUGGUGGAGAGGAGCUACGCCGGCUCGCCGGAGGAAUCAUCAAAGGCUUUGGGAAAGAACAAAAAAGUGAGAAAGGACAAGAAGAGGAGUGAACAUUAACAGCCGAUACGACUUAGCGGUCAUCUUACCUGUAAUCAGACGCAGGCUCCUACCCCAUCGGAUGUCGGUGCAGGGAGGGGCCCCGCGGCCCCGCAGCCACUCAUCACGACACCAGCGUCAUCGCCUCCCCUCGGCCACGUCCUCCGCCAGCACCAGACCCUGUGAGCACCCUGCGCCCAGCACUUCGCCCGCGAGGGAGGCAGCAGCUGCUGGGGCGGCGCCUGGACGGUCGCCUCGGCCGCGUCAAGUGCCUUUGUCGGUGGGAGCGCCGUCUCGGGAGGAGGGGCCGCGCCUGCUUCUUGUGGGGACGCGUUUUGCUGAGGGACACGCCUCGCGCUGCUCUUCGGCUCGUGGAGAGGACUCGCUGAGGACGGACCUGGGAGCUCCCUCCUGUGGUUUCAGUCCUCAGCGUGUCGCCCCUGAGGGUGGGCGAGGCGGGCGCAGGCCUGUCCCCGGCCACCAGGUGCAGGCGCGACUGUCUCACCUGUGCUGGCAGGAGCGUGUGCCUCCGUCCCUGUUGGUGACUGAAUUUCAGAAAGCGGUUUUCUCGCCUCUGCCUUUUGGUUUCGUCCUUGUGAUGGGAAGCGGUGAACAUGGUGCCAGGAGCUCCCCCCGCCCCGAGAUGUGUCCGUUCUGCUUCUUCGGCCGGAGUCCCUUUCCUGUGACACCCACUGGGGAACGGGGGCUGUGCUGGGCGCGAGGCUGUGGCUGAGGAGGAGAGAGGACGGGAGAGGGAGAGGGAGAAACAUCAGUGAUGAGACAGAACCAUGGAUCGGCCGCCU